CUGUUGUCAAUUUAUCUGUGCUUAUAUGAAUUUUUGUUUGAACUCUGCAGUUCCCUUCCCACCAGUAGUCCCAGAAGUUUCUAUUGUGGCCACAUCCUCCCCUUAAUUUCUGUAACAAGCUCCAGCUGCUUUGAAGGUGGAUAUUGUGUAUAUUGUUCCUUUUUGCUGUGUGUUGUUCCUCUACCUCAGCCUGAUGCUGAAGCAAAAAUUACUUCUAGGAAUGCCAGACCAUGGAGUUGCUAAUGUUUUCCAUUUGUCUUACUUAGAAUCAUAGUAUAUCUCAAGCUGGAAGGAAUCUUCAAGGAUCAUCAAUUCCAACUCCCUGCUCCUCACAGGACUACCUAAAACUAAACCAUAUGAUUAAGAUCAUUGUGCAGAUGAAUCUUGAUAUUUGACAGGCUGAAUGCCAUGAGCACUUCCCUGUAGCCUGGUCCAGUGACCCACCUAGUGAACCUUUUCCUAAUACCUAAUCUGAAUUUCCUCUGGUGCAGCUUCAUUCCAUUUUCUUGUGUCCUGCUGCUGAUCACCAGAGAGAGGAGCUCAGCACCUCCUGUGUGAGGAAGCUGCUGGGCUGUGUUGAGUUCACCUCUCAGACUUCUCCAAGCUGAAUAAACCAAGUGAUUUCAGCUGCUCCUACUGAGUCUUCCCCCUGAGGCCUUUCACAGGUUGGCCACCCUCCUCUGAACACACUUAAAUAGUUUAUUGUCCUUCUUAUAUUGUGGUGCCCAAAAGUGCUAACAGGACUUGAGGUGAGGCUGCACCAGCACGGAGCAGAAUAGGUCAAUCCCCUCCCUUGGCCAGCUGGAGAUGCUGUGCCUGAUGCACCUCAGGACAUGGCUGGCCUUUUGCCUUUAGUGGUAUUUGCAUCUCUGUGUUGUCCUCAGCUAGGCUGUGGGAGUUGUAUGAUUCUCACAAUAAACAGCCAAACCAGUUCCAGUCAGGAGGGAUCCAUGUAAAGCACUAAACCUGGUGUAAUCUUCCUCUGUCCCGUGUCUGUUUGAGGUACCUACUUUACUCACUGACCUUUACUGCUGCUACUGCUGAAGGAAUCAUGCUUAGGCUGGAAAAGAGCCUCUCAGGUCAUCAAGGCCAACCAUUAACCCAGCACUGCCAACCCUGCCACUAAACUGUGUCUCCUGAGUGUUCACUGCUGCCAAAGCACAGAGGAAAAGCUACUGUUAAGUGUGUUUAAGAAGGUGAACACCCACAAGAAAACACCUGUGCCACAAGGGUAUCUCAACAACAGGGACUUUGUAUUACCCUGUCCACUUCAAGAAAAGGAAGAAAGGAAAAAGUGGUAAUAGGGUGCUUUCCUGGAUGACUGAGCACACGUUUUCAGAACAUGGGACAGCCUGCAUAAGGCAUCAUGCUGCUCGAGGUGUUCCUGGUCCUGGGGACACUCCUCAUCUACUUCUUAUUUUCCAAGAAGAAGGAAGAGAUGCUGCCCUUCAAAGAUGGCUGGUGGGGCAAGGGACAAAAACCUGUGACUAAAGAAGACUCAAGUAUUAGGCCAUUUAAGGUGGAGACUACAGAGGAAGAGCUGAGUGAUUUAUUUAGGAGACUUGACCAGGCUCGAUUCACUGAGCCACUGGAGAACAGUUGCUUCCAUUAUGGAACUAACUCAGUGCAUCUCAGGAGGGUUGUGUCUUACUGGAAAAACCAGUUCAAUUGGAAGAAACAAGUUGAAGUCCUCAACAAGUACCCACAAUUCAAAACAAAGAUUCAAGGCAUUGAUAUCCAUUUUGUUCAUGUAAAGCCUCCUCGUUUGCCUGAAGGCCGGGCUGCAAAGCCACUAUUAAUGGUUCAUGGUUGGCCUGGCUCAUUUUACGAGUUUUACAAAAUUAUCCCUCUCCUGACGGAUCCUGCAAGCCAUGGUCUCGCUGAUGAGCACAUUUUUGAAGUCAUUUGCCCAUCUAUCCCUGGUUAUGGUUUCUCAGAAGCACCCCACAAAAAAGACUUCAACUCUGUGAGUGCUGCUUCUGUUUUUUAUGAACUGAUGCUCAGACUGGGAUUCAACGAGUUCUACACCCAGGGUGGUGACUGUGGCUGGCUCAUCUGCACCAACCUGGCCCAGAUAGCCCCCAACCAUGUGAAAGGUCUCCAUUUAAAUAUGGUCUUAGUUUCGAAGCUGGGACUCACUCAGCUGCUCUCAGUCCUGCUGGGCCGGUACUUCCCAGGGCUCUUCGGAUUCCAGGAUGAAGAUGUCAGGAGGAUGUUCCCCUUCUUGAAAAAAGGGCUCUACAAGAUCUUGUCUGAGUUUGGCUACGCUCACAUCCAGGCUACAAAGCCGGAUACUGUUGGCUGUGGUUUGAAUGACUCUCCUGUGGGACUGGCUGCAUACAUCUUGGAGAAGUUUUCUUCGUGGACUGAUAUGGAAUUCCAGAAUCUAGAGGAUGGAGGACUAGAGAGGAAGUUCAGCCUGGAUGAUCUGCUCACCAAUAUCAUGAUUUACUGGGUGUCAGGCUGCAUUGUCUCCUCCAUGCGUUUCUACAAAGAAAACUUGGGGAAGGGGAUAGGCACACAGAAGCACGAAAAGCUCACAGUACAGGUACCCACUGGCAUUGCCUCCUUCCCUAAUGAAAUCCUGCACACACCUCAGGCUUGGGCCAAGAAGAAGUACACCAACAUCGUCUCCUUCCACUUCAUGCCUCGAGGUGGCCAUUUCGCAGCCUUCGAGGAACCUGAACUUCUUGCUAAAGAUAUUCUGCAAUUUGUUGACAAAGUAGAGAAAGAACAACUCUGGAAAAAGAAAGGGGAAUAACUUCCCUAAGAAACAGCAGGGUAAUUACUUUUAGCUUAGCACAUGUACAGGGCUUACUAAGUCUACUGUAAUUAGAUCUUACUGUUGACCAGAUGUGAGCAAGGACAGAAAGAAAAAUGCAGUGUAUCUCCAAAAUCCCAAUGGAUUUUGGGUUGGGCUUUUUUUUUUGUUUUGUUUUUUUGUUCAGCUAGGCUAAGAAAGUAGCAUGAAGAGUAUUUGGGUAUCUUCUAAAACACUCUGUAGUAUUCUUGACUCUUUUUUGAGAUUGAAAAAUAGACCUCACAACUACUAAUGUACCUAGUAACAGUUUAACUGUUAUGAAAGGCUUUUUUUUUUUCAUGGCAGCAGUAAAAUUUGAGUUGCUGUGAGUAUGAGGUUCCUCACAAAAAGAGUGGGGAGCAGCCUGGCAGGACCUAACUUGCAUGAGUGCAUGAAUCAGCAUUGAAUCUUUAAACUGCCUUCUGCUGGCUGCCUUUCUCUUCCAGCCUGGGCUGUAAAGCAGCUUGCUGGCUGUGAAGAAGCUGGACUGCCCUGUGCCAUGCUCCUGGGAUAUGUGAGGAGCAGCUGAAACACGCAGGUGCCUGUAGCUCAGUCCAGGAGGAGGGGCUGGGUAGGAGUAACUACAGCCCCAGCUACCUCUGCACUGAAUUUGUACUCUUAAACCAUAGCCCUAGAUAGGCUCAACACACUGUGGCUUUGUACUGCUAUGGCAGGGUAUUGUAAAUACCUCUUGCUAAAGAAUAAAAAUAUGGCUUAUUCAAAAGUAAAAGUGCAUUAAAUAUUUGAAUAAC